AUCCCUGAGUCGACAAAGGGAAGAAAAAACAACUGUUAUUCAAUCUCUGAGCACAACGGUUAACCUAAUUUGCCUCCAGGCUGUUGCUGUAAAUAGGACUGUGUUCUAAGAAUACUUAUCUGUUAAAAAAAAGGUGAAAAACCUGUAAUGGGUUGCAUGACCCGUAUCUCUCUGAACUAGUAUUCACCUUGACAGUCCUAUAAGUACUUGUAUACAGAAGGGUUUUGACUUGGGAGCCUCCUUCCCACCAAUUGGCCUUUCAAUCAGAUCAGUUCAGGACGAUCAUCUCCAACAUCCCUAGGUGGAUGUACCACUGUCUGUGUUGCAAAUUGCAAUAACACCAUAUGUGAAUUUUUUGUAGAUUAUGUGUAUUCUGUUUUUGCGGUCUACCACUCACAGCACAGUUACAUGAAGUAAGGGAUUUAGUGACUGAUGUGAUUGCUCAAAAGGCCAUCAGAAUUGCAGUCACAUGCAGUGUGAAUACAGCCUAACAACCUGAGUCCAGAAACAACAACAACUAACCACACUUACUGUAACUUGGCUGACUAAUGUGCUAGGAAUGUUAGGUUGGUUUGUUGAGGCCCUUGAAAAAUGCACCUGUAUAUGGCCCACAUCUGACCAGAGUUUCAUUAUGGAUCACAGGGGGGUCACAGGGUUCACUUUCCGCCUGGUUUCAAUUUAUCAUAGCACAACACAAAACAGGAGUCAAGUCUAGAGCAUAUCUACAUGGUGACAACAUGAUAAAAUCACAUUAAAUCCUUUCAUGAACAAUAAGUGGGUGUGUUUAAUGCACCCAUCAUAGCCCAGGGGAGAACAUCACGUAUCUGUUUAUUCAAGUUGCGAGGAAGCCUUUUGAAGCUGUCUUGCAUUUCACCCAGUGAGAGUCAUCUCCCAUAAGGUCAUGGAUCCCAGUAGUCUAGCGGGUAUAUUUUCUGUUUGCAGGUUAGCCUACAACUAAAAGUAGCCAAACAAGCAAGAGUGGUCAAGUGCUGUAAGAGCUCUUCAUUGUUCUCUGUCCCCAUCCCCCUUCCUGCAAAAUAACACUGCCUCCAGCCCUCUUAAAGGCACAGAGCACAGUGAGGUGAGAUACAAGCCCAAUGAGGGACAAGAAAUCAUCAUGUCAGAACAAUUCCCAGAAAAUGAAAUGUUCUCUGUGAACCACAGUUAUUCAUGGCAGAAGUGAAGAAAAAUAAACAAUGUGACAGUGGAGCUGAAUCAGGCAUGAUCCGAAAAAGUGUAAAUGUACCUACUUUAGUUUUAGAAACAAACCGUCAACACCAAACCUCAGGUGGCUAUGGUGGAGGUGCAGCUGGAGCCAAGUCAUGUCUAUCCCCCGGGGUUACUCAUAGCCUUCAGCGCUUGCACCACUGUCCUUGUGGCAGUGCACCUCUUCGCCCUGAUGAUCAGCACCUGCAUCCUGCCCAACCUGGAGGCCGUCAGUAAUGUUCACAACAUGAACUCGGUCAAUGAGUCACCCCAUGAGCGCAUGCACCGGCACAUUGAGCUGGCCUGGGCCUUCUCCACCGUCAUUGGCACCCUCCUCUUCCUGGCUGAGGUGGUUCUGCUGUGCUGGGUCAAGUUCCUCCCGCUCAGGCGUCCCACUGAUAACGGCACCAUCAGCUCCGGAGAGGCAGCAGCAAUUGCCUCCACCACCAUCAUGGUGCCGUUUGGACUGGUGUUCAUUGUGUUCGCUGUGCACUUCUACCGCUCUCUGGUCAGUCACAAAACUGACAUGCAGUCUCAGGAGCUGGAGGAGAUGACCCGGAUGCAGAACCAGCUGGACCACAGGGCAGAGACGACCACUCUGCAGCCCUCCUCUGUCCACUUCCCCUAACUGCCACAUACAUGUCACCUAUAACAAAUCUAUAAUGAAAUGUUUGCAUUGUUUUUUGUAUCUGUUUGCAUGAGCACACUUUCUAUAUUUUUUUUCUAUUGGAAUUUGGAGCCUGGUUUAUUUUUGUUGUAAAUAGUUGGAGGGAGUUCAGAAGAAUUUGCUUUGUUACUCUGGUCACUCGACUAGAAUCAAGUCACUAUUUUUGCUGCAUGUCUACUGUCUUCCUAAUUGUAUUUGGUCAGAGUGGCCAAAUGUGAGUUGGCACUUAUUUUUUUAUAUGUUUAGAUUUUUUCAGUAUAUAGAAUGUGAUAUUUGUAGUUACUCACAUAACUACAAUACAUUUUGCCAAACAGCUGGCAAACAGCAAACGUAUGGGAUGAACAUAAUAGGACAUUUUGGCAGGUACCG